UAAAGUCACGUGUUUGUGACGUUUACAUGUAAACAUUAAAAACAAUAACAAACUGCAGGGGUAGUGCACGUCAGUAAAUUGCGCGUUAAUUCAUCUGGCUUUUUAUUGCAGUUUCACAAUGAGUAAUCCUAGUUUAGUUUUGCAGAAGGAUGAAUUAAAUGAGUCCUGGGUUGACCUGCACUACAAGAACAGUAGCAGUGAGAACUCCAGUAAUGGACAAGGCUCACCUAAAACAGAGACAAGUAUAGAACAAUCGGGUCUUUAUACACCAUUAAAUAUAGAGAAAUUACUUCAAGAUGCCCAAAGAGAGAGUGGACAGAACAGUCGGGAGACAUCUGCAAGAACUAGUCCGAAGGGUUUGCGAUCUCCGAUAGAACUUACAACACAGGAAGAAAAUGUGCUGGGAACAGACUGGAUGUGGGAUUGGUCAUCUGGACCUGAAAAGAACCAGUCUAGAGAGCAGGCUUUCAGGCUGAGGAAUGCUGCAAAGAAACGUCCAGGUUACACAUUAAGAAAUACAAGUGUCAUGAAGAACCCGCUGUUUUGUAGGGAAAAUCUGACUGCACUGGUUGCUAGCCAUGUGUCAGUGUUUGUUCUCGGAGCUGUGGUGAUGUAUAUGAUUCUCAAGAAGACUGGUCACCAAGUGGUCAGUCAGAGCUAGAGGUUUUAGAAGAGCAACUACACAAAGUUUAUAGAAUCAUUGGCUGUUAAGCCUGUCUUAAAGAAUUUGCUGCAAGAGAAAUAACUACAUUUCGAACCACUCACAAUGAUGUAUGCUUAACUGAAUUAGAUAAAUACCGGUGAAUAAUUUUGCAAAAUCCUGGAUGCUCAGCUUAUAACAACGAUACAGAAUAACUGUUGUCUGUACUUGAACUGUUGAAGAUAAUGAUGCUAUUUGUAGGUCCUGUCCAAGAAUUUAUUUAAAGGUAUGCAUAUUAUUGGGCAGGUCUGUGUUACCCUGGGCAAUACACUUUUUUCAUACAUCAACCUAGGGCUUGGCAUAAGGUACAAAAAAUGUUUUAGCAUUGCUUCAGAAACGUACAGUAAUCCUGGUGAAAGAACAUAUUAAAUGAAAAUAGAAAUGAUUUGAAGAUCGUAUAAUAGAUAAAGCAAGUAAACAUGUUUUCAUAAUGCCUUUGUAAAAGAUCCAAACUGAGGGAUGUUGUUCUGGCUGAGGCAUUACAAUGAUAAUGCUCCUGCAGUAGACCCAGACAUUUUUACAAGGCUACAGGUUUACUACUACUUGGUAGAAUUUUCGCGACCUAAGGCCAAAAUGUGAAACAUAGAUUUUUAAUAUAACAGAAUACAUGUACAGUUCUUCCAUGAAUAAUUAUUAUUUUCAUGAAGAAGGACACUUAGUAGAUAUAGUAGUGAUAAAUAUUUUACAAAAAUUAUGAUUACCCCCUACUUGAAAGUCUGAUAUAAGUCUGACUUCUAUAUUUAGAUUUUGUGUUCAGAAAGUGUUGUCCUGUUCCUUACUUAGUCAGAGAUGAUGUGAGGUCAUUUCAAAAUUAUUUUUGUGGUAAAUUUUCCUUUAAUGUAUGUUUGGUAUAAUUUCGAUUUCCAAAGAUACCUGGUCUACUUAUUAACUCCUCCUUUAGUUACACUUGCUGCCUCUGUAACAGAGUUUGUACAUCUUGAAGUCAUAUUAUUUUUUUUUUUAAAUAAUUUUUAAGACAUUUUCUUUUUCACUUACUAGAUCUGUAACAUUUAAACAGAUAAGAGGUAGACAUUAAGAAGCAAAUUUUUUUUGUUGCUGUUAGCGAGAUCAUUUUCAGGGACUGAUUAAAAGCAAAAAUUUCUAGGGCUAUUCAAAGCUCUUCAGAACGCAAAAAGGGUGUAUGUUAAGUGUUCAUAAUAUUCUUUUAUUUCUGUUACAGCAAAUUUGUUUUGAUUUGGCUGCAGUUUUAGUGUUAGGACAAUCUUUGGGAAAAUUCUAGUUUAUAUGUAUUAGGUUCUGGUCCGAAUAUUUGCACUAUUUUUUUUUGUUGAUAUUUAUCCAUUUUUAGUUGUUAGUUACUGAACCAAUAAUUUUAGUAAUAUGAAAAGUUAAGAAAAGUUUUGAUGUUUGCAUAAUUUUGAUGCAUAGCACCAGUUUCGUAACAGAUAGCAAAACUCUGCCCAUGACACAUUAUUUUUUAGUAAUAACUAGUUUGUAUAAACUUUGGGUAGACUUGAAAGUAUGUAUAUGCAGGUUGGUGGGUGGAAGCAUUGCAGGCGCAUAGCAGGGCUGAAGUAAGAUGCCUGGACCUUCCUAUAUUUAACCUUUACCCUGCUAAAUUUCUAUAAUCAUUUAAUUUGGCAGUACCACUUAUUAUUCAAAGGGGUGUUAACUGAAAAUUUAUUGACUGAAUAGCGAACAGUGCAUGUGCAAGCUGAUCUUGGUCCACACUGGUCGCAAUGGCAGAAUCACUUGCCGGCAGCAGGCUAAAGGUUAAAACUCCUUCCUACUUCAGUUGGCAGGAAAUCACAUGUAGAAAUAACAAUUUCAGGGCAUGCCCCUGAACCUACCUAGCUUAAAAGAUUUCAGUAUCAUUUCAAGUGUAUAGUUUGAUCCAUGUUUUGUGUAAUAAGGGUUUUCUAAAUAUAAUACAAUUCCGUUCAUAUUAUACAUUAUUAUAAAGAACUCCAAGGAUGAUUAUUGGAAUGUUUUUAAAUUUUCAAAAUAGAUUACUUUUGGUAGCGCACUGUCCAAUGUAAAUUUCAGCUAUUUGUCUCAAAACAAGUUUGAAUCUUUAUUGUGGAUGGAUAAAUAAAAAACUUAUCUGGAUAUAUACCGGUAAGUUAGUUGAAAAGCUAAACAUUUCAAAUGAAUUAUUUUGAAAUACUAGUAAUGGGCCACAAUUUUACAUUGGGAGAAAAUACAUUUUUGUCAUAAUUUUAAAAAAAAAUGUGUUACAGAAAAGAUUGAUCAGACGUUAGCUAUGCACCUGCAUUGUUCUACCUGUUAUAGCACUGCUGAGUUUUAAAUGCAUUCAUUGUUCUGCAGCAAAUAUUUUGAAACUUGUUGUUUAAGGCUUACUUUCAUUCUUGUCACUGUCAGUGUUUGGCUUUAGCUAUGCUAUAUAUGUCCAGAUAAACAAAUGGUAGACUUCUGAACUUUAUCAGUGUAUUAACGACUCUUAGAUAUGAUAAACACUUCUGUAUUAAGUGAAUUUAUUUUUUAUUUUUUUUUUAAUUGGGGUACGAAAAUAAUCUGUGAUUUUACAUGUAAAAUUCAAAAGCCAGAACUACUAGUAUAUCCCAGAAUAUAAACACAGACAUGAAAGGAUUUUGAACAAAUUAGCAGAAUUUGGGAAUUCUAUAGACAAAGUGUAGAUCCACUGAUUUUGUCAUAAUGCUAUGUUUCUCAACUUGUUAUAAUCUUUUGCUGUGAAAAAAAAUUUUAAUUUAUCAAAUAGACACAUUGAUCUUCACCCUUGCAUCUUGCAAAAAAAAAAAGAAUGAAAUCCUGCAGAAUGUUUAAGUAUAGUAUACUUCCUAACUAGGUAGUUUUUUUAGUGCUUAUUCAUGCAUUCAUUGACAAUAAUGCUGUAUUUACCCUGAACAGAAAUGAUUUAUCCUUUCCAUUUUGAUGCCUGUGGUUGAAAACCAUGUUUUGUAGUUGAAAUCUGGGUCCAUAUUCAUUAGUGUUUUUUGUCUGAAAUUCAGACUUUAAGAAAUUAAAUGUUCUUUUUGCUUUGUAACUGUAAAAUUAACCCUUAGCAUGCUGGACAUGAUUGAUUCUGCCGUUGCAACCAGUGUAGAUCAUGAUCAGCCUGCACAUACAUGCAGUCUGAUCAUGAUCUACACUGUUUGCUAUUAAUUCAGUAUCUUUUUGGUAAGCACCCCUUUCAACAGUUAAUGGUACUGUCCAAAUUGAAAGAUGGACAAGUUCAAUAUAUAAAUUUGGCAGAGUAAGGGUUAAUUCAGAUGGUAAAGAAACUUUGUAUAAAUGUGUAUUCUGAAUAUGCAGACAGCUCAGCAAAAGUUCCUAAGUUUAAUUUUGCUGUAAACAGAACUGUUGCAAAUUUGAUAUUUGUCAAUCUUUAAGUCUUAAAUUUAAGACUUAAAAGUGUAAUGAAUAUUGGCCCAGCUAGGAGGUGAAAAACCAUCUUUCUUACAAGAAAUGACCAAAUGUUUCAUUCCAUGCUAGAAAUAUUCCAUCUAAGUAUCUCAUUGUAGAAUCAUUGUGGAUGAUAAAGACACAGCAUUUAAUUGCACAGCACAGUUCAAAUGUAUUGUAUGGUUGUAACACAUGUCAUCAAAUUGAAAAAAAAAAGGUAUUCUAAAAUACAAGUUUCAUAUAUUGCUUAAAUGAUUGUUUUGGAAAAAUGACAAGUUUUUUUCAUAUGAAAGUUAUAGUUUAUCACAUAAAAUUUCACUCCUUUCAUUACCAAAUAAUUCUUAUAGACUUUAAAGUUUACAUUUUCAUGAUGAAACAGAAUGUCUUCUUUUCCUGUGUGAUAUGUUAACAAGUACAUUUAUUUUAUAGCUCAAUGAUUACUAAUGGCUCCAAGGUUAUAAAGCAGACUUCGGAGACCAGUCCAAGAAUGACACCUUGCCAUUGGUCAAUUUAAGGUCAUGUCUAACAACAGCCAAUCAGAUCCCUGACAUUCCAGACUGGUCUUUGAACAGCUUUAUAACCUUAGACUGUCAUUUUACUACCAUUAUGGUGCUCAAAGUAGAACAAGUCUUUUGUAACAUUAAUUUCACAUGGACAGUUUUUGCUGUGGAUCAAGUAUGGCUUUUAGAUAUAAGCAUUUUGUAAGUGAAACUAACAGUAAGAUAUAAAGGUAAGGUAAGGUAAGGUAAUGCAAGGUUGGAUGAAAUAUUUCUUCAGGGAAAUAAUUACGUCUGUUGCCAGGGAUAUACUGCAGAAAUAUGGUUAAACUUGUAUUGUGGGUGCUGCAAUAUCUUGUUGCUUGUUGUUGACUGUAGAUAAGUGUAUAUAACAUGUAUUUAUUAGUUUUUUUUUGGUAUGUUGCGUUUUUUGACAGGUUUUAAAUACUAUGUGCAUGUAGAAACUCUUAGCUACGCAUUGUAAGGUGACAUACAGUGUGUAUGUCUUGUUUUGCUUUAGAAUUGAAGACAUUGGAAAGAAAUUACUAUAUGUUUGGUGUUUGGAAAUUUAUUAUGACCCUUUUUUCACAAUUAAAUUGUUAAUUGCAAUUUUUUUUUUUUUUUAUACCAUGUCCUUUUGGAAAAAAUAUCUAAUAACAUUAUAUCUAAACCUAGGGAAUCCAUGUUUUCUUACACAUAGAAAGUUUGCUUUAUUGUAUAUUAUAUAGAAUUAAGUAUCACUGUUACAUGUGAUAGCUGUGUAAUGUUGAGGUAUGCCUGGAAAUCCAUACAAAUGUGCUGUAUUUGCUAAAACAUGAAAGGUUUAAAGUAGAAAUGUCGGCUUUACCAGUUUUGUCACUAAUAUGUGAUCGUACUUUUCGUGCUUGAGAUUCUAGCCACAUAUAUCACAGCAUUUAUUAAUGCUUUUGUUGUCUUUAUAUAUGUAUUUUAAAAUGUGUAUAACAAACUGAUAACUUAUUGAUUGUUUGUAAUCAUAAUAAAGUUGCACUUGCUUCUAUUAUUCAUUGUUUAUAAUCAAAAUAAAAUUUCACUUGCUUCUAUAACUUAAAACUUGCAAGAUUAGAAAACUUUGAAAUUGCCCUUUAUUAUUCUAUACCUAUUUUUCUCUGCCAAUCAGCAAUUUGCAUUUUCCAAUAUUUUUCUGUAAUAAAUGAUAAUGGGUAUUGACUCGAAUAUUGUCAAACAAUCAUCUACUGUACCGAUGAAGGGAAUUAACUCUGGGUUGGAGUUGGGUAUUGACUGAUUAAAAGUGUCUGCAGGAAUAUAAAUAUAUAAAGAAAAUGCUUGACCUGAUGCUUCUAUAUGCAUUUAAAAGUUGGAAUUGUCUGAUUUCUUUCUAACUUCAACUGAGAAAAAUUGGCAAAGAAUAUAAAAGUUUAUUUUAUAUUGUCUUUUACAAUACGGGAUUUAUUUGGCACUAUCAGUAUUAUAUAAGGUUGUUUGCAAGUUAAAAUUAUGAUAACUUUUAUUAACUUAUGAAUAGUAAUUUAAAUAAUAGUAUUUGCAUAACAAAAUUAUGUACGAGAAUAACUAUUGAUAUAUUUACUGUACAUUUAUUAUCUUGUUCUGUUUUAUCAGUAUGAUUAUAAUGAUGAUAUAUUUUGAAGGUUAUUAACAUUUCUCCAUUUUCAUUUGGUAUGUUACACAAUAUUGAUUCUAUGUAAAUUUAUAACAGUGUUACAUUUCAUUCACAGUGUAUUGAAAUGUAUGAUAGAGUUUGUCUCGAUGUACUAAGACUACAGCUUAUAUUUCAUACGAAUCAAAAGGGCUACAGGUCCAUAAGUAACCCUUGUGUUGAGUAUUAAAAUCUAUCUUCUUUUUUGGGGUUAUUUUGCGAUAUUCAAAACAUUUAGGACAGUGACUAAACCUAACAGUAGAUAUUUAAGUAAGAGUAAUCUUAAAGUAAAGUUUUAAAAUUCAUUACAAGUAUUCCACUAUUUCGAACGGUUUGACCUCCUUUACUUUUCAAGAAGCAAAAGGAGAGUUACACAUCGUUGUAAGGGUGCAUGAUUUACACAUAAAUAUGUUGAAAAUUGUUAAUGCACAACAAUUGUUUAAUAUGUUUUUGUCUAUUGCAUUGUUAAUUUGACAUAAUCAUGUACAUCAUUAGUGACAUUGUUUAGUUCAGCAUGUUCUAAAUGUUUUUGUUUCUGUGUUUGGAGAUAUAUUAUGACGGUUUAGAGUGUUAUCAUAUUAAGAAUAAAUGCUGCAUGUGCAAAAA